AUGGGCAACCAAGUAUCACCAGUUGUGAGUCAAAUCAAGGUACCUAUCAAUGCUUCAUCAUCUGAGGAGCAUCCAUCAACAUCUACACACAUCACCAGCCAUUUUGUUAAGGGUGUAGCACCUCGGAAGUUAUUAGCAACAGCUGUAGUGUCAGCUGAAUCACAAAAUGGCGGAGAAUAUCAACUCUUGCGAGCUCUUAUAGAUCAAGGGUCGGAAGAGUCAUUUAUUGCAAGGUCAGCAGUUCAAUUACUUGGAUUAAAAACCACACCAACCAGGGCAGAUACAUCAGGUUUGGGAGGUGAACAGGGCCCUUCAACAAGGUCCAUAGUAGAGAUAGCAAUCAGUUCACGUCUCAAUCCAGGUUGCGUGUUCCGUGUUUCAGCGUAUGUCCUCGACAAAGUGACGAGGUACUUACCUUCAACUGCUGUAUCAAUCACCUCAUGGCCGGAGUUAGAACUCGUAACUUUAGCUGACCCGGAAUAUCACACUUCGAAUAAGAUAGAUAUCUUAUUAGGGGCGGAGGUUUAUGCUAAGAUUAUUCAAGAUGGUAUUAUCAAAUGUCCCUCAGGGUCUUUAGCGGCACAAAAUACAACUCUGGGAUGGAUAUUAUUUGGAGCGGUCAAGUCAGAUCAAAACACAAGCAUUAAGGUUACAUCAUUGCAUACACAUGUAGAGCCUGUAGAAGAAUUGCUCAAGUCUUUCUGGGAGGUUGAAGCAGAGCCGACCAACAAACAGAAGAUUUUGUCAAUCGAAGAGCAGCGGUGUGAAGAUAUCUUCCAUUCAACCACCACACGAGAUGAAGAGGGACGAUAUGUUGUCAAACUUCCAUUCCGAGAUAGUGAACCAGCUUGCGCCGAUGGUCAUUCACGGGACAUUGCAUUGAACAGAUUUCACUAUCUUGAGAAGAAGAUGCAGAAAGAUGAGCGCCUGAAACAGGAAUACAAGAAAGUAUUUGAUGAAUACUUAGACUUAAAUCACAUGAAGCAAAUUCAUGACAGCAAAGCAAAGGAUAUAGUCAAAAUGUACCGCCAAAUAAAGGUUAGUGAAGAAGACUCAGAAUUUCAGCGUAUUUUGUGGCGUGAAACACCGGAAGAGAACAUCAAGGAAUACAAGAUGCUUCGUUUUACAUUAGGAACUUCUUCAGCGCCUUAUCUGGCUGUAAAAAGCUUGAUACAAGUUGCAAAGGAUGAAGGGAAAGUCUUCCCUCUAGCAGCUGAAAGAGUAAAACAUGAAUUUUAUAUGGAUGAUUUGAUGUCUGGCUGCGAGAGCGAAGAAGAAGCAAUCGAAAUAUACAAGCAAAUGAAUGAAUUGCUAAAAAGGGGCGGUUUUGAAUUUCAAAAAUGGGCUAGCAACAGUGAAGCAAUGUUGAAGCAAAUACAACAAGAGAGUUUAGGAAAGCAAGAUAAAAAGAAGAUAGAAGUCAAAUUAGAAGCUACUAACAAGAUAUUGGGACUUACCUGGAGUCGUACGUCCGAUGAGUUCGUGUACGCAGUUCAGUUGCCUCCGAUGUCUGCACCUGUAACAAAAAGAAAGGUUAUCUCGGAUAUUUCAAAGUUGUAUGAUCCACAAGGUUGGAUAGCACCGAGUAUAAUCAAAGCAAAGAUUUUCAUUCAGAAGUUAUGGCUUGCGGGUAUUGGCUGGGACGAGGAAUUACCACAACCGCUAUUGCAAGAAUGGACGAAGUAUAGAGAAGAUCUGUCUGAUCUGACACAAUUUCGGUUGAAGCGCUGGGUAUACUACAACGCUGACGCAAAGUUAGUGGAACUCCAUGGCUUCUGUGAUGCUUCAAAUUCUGCAUUUGCAGCAGUUAUAUACUUGCGAGUGAUAGAUGCAAGAGGAGAAGUUUAUGUUAGUUUGAUUACAGCAAAAACAAGAGUUUCUCCAAUCAAACAACUCAGUCUUCCAAGAUUGGAAUUAUCAGGUGCUGUUCUGCUAGCGAAGCUGAUUAUUGAAGUGUCGGGUGUUUUGAACAUACCGAAAUCAAAUAUACACGCGUGGACUGAUUCUGAGAUAGUGCUUGCGUGGUUGAGCAGUCAUCCUAGUCGUUGGAAAACAUUCAUCGGGAAUAGGUGUUUAGAGAUACUGACUGUCACAGACCGUAACCAAUGGUCACAUGUCAAAUCUGAACAUAAUCCAGCUGAUUGUGCAUCACGGGGCAUUCGAGCCUCUGAAUUAAUUGGAUUAGAACUCUGGUUAAGGGGACCUUCAUGGUUGAAUGAAAAGGUUAUUCAAUAUUCUAAUCCUAAGGAAUUGAAUACAAAUUUAGAAGAAAGGAAAAUAAAAACUCACCUUUCUACUUCUGUAGAAGAUCACGGUGAAGUUGACGACAUCUGGGCGAAGUUCUCAUCGUUGACGAAGUUGCUGAGAGUCAUAGCAUAUUGUCGCAGGUUCCUGAGUAAAGAGAAACCAAAACAUACGUACCUCUUGAAGAAGGAAAUUGAAGAUGCGUUGAUAAUAAUGAUAAAAAAGUGUCAACUUCAAGCAUUCUUUGAGGAGUGGAAGGAUGUUAAGCAAGGAAAAUCAGUAAGCAAGAAAAGUGUACUUACCACUCUGAAUCCACAGCUGGACGACUUGGAAUUACUCCGAGUUGGAAAUGUGUCACCUGCAUUAGAUACGCGGCAACUAAUAAACCUCAACUGA